AUGGUCUCCCAAAUUAAAGCUUCUGCAGACUUCGAAAAGGCUAUCGCCGCCGACAAACUCGUCGUGGUCGACUUUUUCGCCACCUGGUGUGGACCCUGCAAGAUGAUCGCGCCCAUGCUCGAAAAGUUCUCCCAGGAGUACUCACAGGCCGACUUCAUCAAGGUCGACGUGGACGAACUGCCUGAGGUGGCACAGAAACACGAGGUGUCCGCCAUGCCCACCAUUGUCUACUUCAAGAGCGGCAAAGAGGUCGGCCGUGUCGUCGGCGCCAAUCCCGCCGCCAUCAAGCAGACCAUCGCCUCCAACGUGUAG